AUGAACCAAAUUCUUGAUUUUGCUUUAUCAAUUAUUUUUAGUAUUAUUGUUUGUUACGGAUUAUCGCAAGUUUCAGCAGUUGCUCCAAAAGGCCAUCCUAAAGUACUGAAGACUAAAUCAGUGGAAAAAGAUCUGAUAAGAAUGUUAUUAAAUCGAUAUGAACAAUUUGGUAUAAUUGGACGACCAGUGAAUGAUAGUAAAAUCAAAGUUGAUGUUCGUUAUGGGUUACAACUUUUCCAAAUUUUGGAUUUAGAUGAGAAUAAACAAAUUUUACGAACCAACUGUUGGUGUAUGCAUAAAUGGACUGAUUCGCUUCUUCGUUGGAAUGAAAGUGAAUAUGGGAAUAUUCAGACAGUUCGUAUAUUUCCUUCACAGAUUUGGACUCCUGACAUUAAAUUACAUAAUUUUGCUGAUGAACGUUUACGUGAACAUAGAGAUGCUCGUGUUGUAGUUUCAAGUAAUGGAGAAACAUUAUGGCUUCCACAAGCAUUAUUCAAAAGUACAUGUGAAGUUGAAAUCACAUAUUUCCCGUUUGAUACGCAGAUUUGCAUGUUAGAAUUUGGAUCACUAACGUACGAUAGAACUCAAAUGGACAUACUAUGGUGGAUUCCAGAUUCACCUCCCUUAAAAGAAAUGCCAUACUUAGACUUUUCCGAUUACGUACCGAGUAACGAAUGGCGUACCGAUGGAGAGAAAGAACGAGAAGUACAUCAUGUCAAUCGUACUAUACAGAUUCGAUCAGUUAAGAAACAUCGACGUCGAAGUCAAACUGUUGGUAACGAAGUGAUCACAAGAGAAUAUCCAGUGUUACGAUAUUUGAUACGUUUGAGACGAAACCCGAGUUUUUAUGUAUUCAUGUUAGUGAUUCCAUGUGUUCUGUUAUCAUCUUUGACGUUGGUUGUAUUUUGGUUGCCUCCAGAAUCUCCAGCAAAAAUGAUGCUUGGGAUGAAUAUAUUUGUGGCAUUUUUUGUUUUACUGUUACUACUUGCUGAAUCUACACCAAGUGCAGUGAAAAAUUUCCCAUUGAUUGGUGUAUUUUUCUGUUUAAAUAUGAUUAUGAUCACUUUAUCGACAUUUUUAGCCACUAUGGUGAUCCAUCUUUAUUUUCGUGGUGAUCGUAAAGGUGCAGUACCAUAUUUUCUACGUCGGAUCAUAAUAGAAGGAAUUGGACGACUAACAUUAGUAAGACAAAGAAUUCCAUUACCAGAUAUGAGGAAUUCAAGAAGGAAUUUUACUGAAAAAUAUCACAGAAGGGCUAACAUUUCUCAAAUAUCUCCUAUUAAAAACAAACAGGUUAGUCAAAACAGAUGUAAAAAUGAACGAAACACAUAUUUUGGGGGUGGAUUUUUCCCACUAUGUAAUGAAUCACUCAAUCAUCCAGCUUUUGAAGAUCAGUAUCUAGAAAACAUUACUACUAACUGGUCUGGUUCAACUGAAUUUCAAAAAUAUCCUAGAAAAUCCUGUCCACAUAUGAUGGGAAGUAUGCCGACUGAUAACAAUGUAGACAACUAUCCAUUUGGAAUGACAAAUUUCUAUGAAUCAGAAAGUUUUAAUUCAGUGACUACACUUGAACGUGACGUCAGAGAACUGAAGAAGUAUGUGAAAAUGAUAGUUAAUCGACAAAAGGAAACAGAUUGUAAACGUUUAAUAGCCAUGGAAUGGCGAACUUUAGCAAUUGCUUUAGAUCGUUUAUUUUUCUUCAUAUACAUUACUACUAUUCUGAUUGCAAUUGUCGUUUCAGUACCGCAUAAUACAGAACUAGAAAUACCAGCAGAAUUUCGAGAUUCAGAGGAAUGA